AUGGCCCUAGAGAGCUAUUCUGAUAAAAAGGCUCCAUGCACACAAUGUCCCGAAAAUAAUAGAUCACUGGAUAUUCUCAGUCUGCUAAACUUAUCAAAGAAUGGCCAGGAUUUCACUUCCAGAUUCCCAGAAGCACAAGGAAGAGGAAGUUCGAAUGGUCAACAUACAACACAAAACUCUCAAACUGCACACUGUGCGACUACAAUUCAAAUGGAAAAUGAAAACAUCUGUCCAUCUGAACAUGUUGAAAUAAGAGAAACAAGAACUGUGUCCAAUCACCUGGAGGAGGCAGGAUGUCAACAGGAGUUUUUAUUUGAUUUCUCUUCUAGUAGUCAUCAUGAUGCUUCAAAAAGGAACAAUGAGAAAGAUCCAAUGAAGAUGACUACAGACCACAAAAGCUCCUAUUUUCAUCUAAUAAGUUUUGGGUUCUGUAUUUCCUUGUUCUUCUUCCAGAGUUUGUCUGUCGUUGAUAUGCUUGGUGAUGAUGGACAAAAUAGCAGUUCAAGAGGAAAUUUAGUACAUGAGAAUCAUGUUGCAUUCUCAGUUGAAGCAGGUUUAGGAAAAGUGGAAAUGGAAACUCCAGUUCAUUCACCACAACAUCCUACAAGAAAAUUCACCUAUGGAUGCCCUGGACCUUCCAAAAAUUUCAAGGGAUCUUACUCUUCCAAGAAUCUUAAUUGCAGUCUAGAGGACCAAUUUCCUGAAUUGGAUGAUAUGGCUGUUGGUGGUGACAUACCAACUGAUGCCUGUUCUUUAGAGCUCCCUUCUUAUUUAGGAGAACUACAUUGUAACUUGAAGCAGAAAACAAUGGUUGAUAAGGAAUGCUUGUUGCAUGAUGCUGAGGAUUUUUUAAGCAAUGAUGAAUUUUAUGAUAGCAGGCUGGAGCAUGACAGGUUUAAAUGGCAUGAAAAAUCUAGCUUCUUGGAUGAGAAAUUUUUGGAAGAUAAUUGUACAGUAUCAUGGAAGAACUGGUCGUGUGAUUUGGAUUAUAUGAGAAGUAGAAAGUGUGAAAAGUCAGACUUCUCUUUUGAAGGUGGUCAUAUGCAAAAAAGGAGAGCUAGAGUGGACUCAGCAGGCUGCUUCAAUGUUUCAGGGUUAUCUUCUCCAUAUAAGCACCAAAUCAAUCAUCGUUAUGAUUUCAUGACAUCUGACAUGACACGGUGUAACUCCCAGUUUAGUGAAAUGACCCACUCUUCAGAUUGGCCUUCCUUCGCAACACAAGAUGCAAGACACGAUUUACACUUGUCGAGCCAAGAUUCAUUCUUGUCCCAUCCAGCAUGGCGUGAAGGAACAAAGAAUCCAUCAUCUAACUUCAGAAGGCAUGCAAGUGAUUCCAGAAGCCCUUUCAGUAUGAAAAGUAAUACAUUUUCCAGGGGAUUUGGCAUGAAGAGUAAUAUUAACAUGAUGUCAGAUUUUUCAACCCACCGAAGAGAUGAUUGGUUAUUUGAAGAAAGAUGCAAUACUGAGAGUUAUGACGGUUCUAUCAAGGCAUCUGAAACCCCAAACCCAAAGGCCUUUCACAAACAUUGGACCGAAGAGCCGUUUGAUUCAGAUUUCAACUUGAAAUUUUGCGUUGAUGAACAUGGUGGCAACUUUUUCUCAGAUAAAGUUGCAUUCUCCCAACAAGUUAGUCCUGUAAAAGAAGAAUAUGGACAUGAUGAUCUUUUCAAUGAAGAGAAAGAUGACUCUAAUAUACAGCUUCAGAAGAGUGUUAGCACACGAGAAAGUGAGUCUGUAACUCUACCAGCUGUCACCAGCACAUUUCAUCAGCAUAAAGAGAAUAGUCAUGACAGCAAUUACUCAUCCUCAAAAAAUGGCACACCAAUAAACAACCUGGAAUCUGAAGAAUCACAAGUCAAAACUCCAGAAAUAGAAAUCACCCCAGCUCCAAAUGCAGUAAUAUCUCCAGAACCUUCAGAAGGGGGAUCAUCUUCUGUUGAGAUGCCCCACUGUCAUGGCUUAAACGAAUGCCCAGAUGCUACACAAACUUCUCUCCAGACCCAAAAUGAACGCAAAGAAACAGGGGAUUCUGGACCAAACAGUUGCAAAGUCAUGAUGCUUGGGAGAUAUGUUCUUCCACUUCUGUGA